AUGAUUUACCCUCUGAUUCUCUCUGGGAUUUUACUUCACAUCACAGAUGGUGCUGGAAUUCAGACAAUGAAUAUCAGAGUGAAAUCUGGAUCACCUGGAAUUAUUCCAUGUCUGUAUGAUAAAAAACAUAAAGAAAACCGUAAAUACUGGUGUAAGGGGUCACAUUUGGUCUCUUGCAGUAUAUUGGCAUAUGCAAAUGAGACAGGAAAAUAUUCCCUCACUGAUUAUCCAGCUCAGAGUAUUUUUACAGUGCAAUGGAAGAAUAUGAAGACCUCAGACUCUGGAUAUUACUGGUGUGCUGUGGAGAUCGGUGGCAAAAGAGACACUGGUUAUUAUUUGUAUCUGACGGUACAAUCAACUCCUGAUGUGUCUGUGGCGCUGCGGAGCAGCAGUGUAUCUGGACAUGAAGGUGGUGAUAUCAGUGUUCAGUGUCUCUACAGUCCUAGAUAUCAGGAUAAACUCAAACAGUGGUGCAGAUAUGAAGAUCAGAGCUGUUACACAGUGGGGAGGACUAACACAUCCCAGAAUUCAUCAGUCCAGAUCAGUGAUGAUGGGAGAAGAUCCUUCACUGUGCUGAUGACUGGACUGAGACUGACUGAUUCUGGCUGGUACUUCUGCUCUGUAGGAGAUCGGCAGAUUCCUGUACAACUCACAGUCACUGAAGCCAAAAGAGACCCAGAUGUGUCUGUGGUGAACAGCAGUGUAUCUGGACAUGAAGGUGGUGAUAUCAGUGUUCAGUGUCUCUACAGUCCUAGAUAUCAGGAUAAACUCAAACAGUGGUGCAGAUAUAAAGAUCAGCGCUGUUACACUGUGGGGAGGACUAACACAUCCCAGAAUUCAUCAGUCCAGAUCAGUGAUGAUGGGAGAAGAUCCUUCACUGUGCUGAUGACUGGACUGAGACUGACUGAUUCUGGCUGGUACUUCUGUUCUGUAGGAGAUCUGCAAGUUCCUGUUCACCUCCUUGUUCAGAGCGACAAUGAAUAUAAAACUGAAAGUGAUGAUGCUGGUCUAUUUCCCUCCAUAUGCAGAAACCAAACAGCAAGCAAUGAUAAAGAGGACAGCAACUGCUCUCCUGACGGCCCAUCUGAGCAGAUGGACUGGAUUUUUCUCCUCUAUACUGCUGUGCCGCUACUUGUGUUACUGAUACUGGCUUUAGUAAUCUGGAGGCUUAGACAAAAACACAAUGGCGCUUUGUCCAAACGAGGACCAGACGUCUGUUCUGUGGCAGAAGGUCCAAUGACUGUCGCGUAUGACACUGUGGUGUUCAAGAAAGCAAAAAACCAUGAACCAAACCAGGUCUCCAUUAGCCGCCCUCCUGAACGAGAUGAAGUGAUCUACAGCACUCCGAAACUUCACUAAUAACAGAUGAUCUCAGGCCAUUCACAUUAUGAAUAUUACAAUCUGAAGUAAUGGCAUCUUCGUCUGUUUUACAUCACACAGUUUCUUUUAAAGCCACAAAGGACGUCACUUGAGACAGAAAAAGAGGAACCUCCAGAACACAUUUUAAAGUGUUGCAUGCAGGUCAUGGUUGAGCAGAUUAUUAUUUUGCUAUUAAGAUUUUUGCCACAUCUGUAAAAGUGUCACCUUUUAAUUAGCACAUAUGUUUGUAGUGGAACAUUUUGUUCUACUUUUCUACUUUUAUUCUUAGUCAGUGUGAGCAAAACUGAAAG